CUCCAGGGAGGCACGGCGGGCGAGAUGCUGCAGCCCGAAGACCCGGGCGCCUGCCUGAGCUUCCCUGCGAGUGCAAGCGACUCCCAGGCAAAACAGUCGGCCUCGGCGCCCGCCCUCUUCCUCCUCCAGUGCCAGGUGCCUUCAGCCCCUGCCCGGCCACAGCCGGAAGGGCCCCGCCGGGAGACUCGUCGUGCCCCAAGGGAACCCCAUUUCUCUCCGCUUGCUCUCCCUCAUUGCUGUCCCAACUUCUUAUUCUCGGUUCCAUCCUCUUCUGUCCCGCUGCGUGUCCUCCAUUCUCCGCGUCUGGCCGUCUCACUUGACCCAAUACCCCUACCCCCACCCCAGCUGUCUCUUCCAGUUCCUCGCAGCCCUUGGGGUUUUCCUUGGAUUUAUACCCGUCCUUUGCUUGUUGGCUUCUUUGUUGAACGGAUACCUGAAACAUUGUUGAAUCCCUGGAGUCAGUGUCAGGGUAUGGCAAUACCUUAUAUAAUGCAUUUCAGGUAAAUUCCUCAUCUAUGCCUGUCUGCUGCUGUUCUCUGUGCUGCUGGCCCUUCGUUUGGAUGGCAUCAUACAGUGGAGUUACUGGGCUGUCUUUGCUCCAAUAUGGCUGUGGAAGUUAAUGGUCAUUGUUGGAGCCUCAGUUGGAACUGGAGUCUGGGCACGAAAUCCUCAAUAUCGAGCAGAAGGAGAAACAUGUGUGGAGUUUAAAGCCAUGUUGAUUGCAGUAGGCAUCCACUUGCUCUUGUUGAUGUUUGAAGUUCUGGUCUGUGACAGAAUCGAGAGGGGAAGCCAUUUCUGGCUCCUGGUCUUCAUGCCACUGUUCUUCGUUUCCCCGGUGUCUGUUGCAGCUUGUGUUUGGGGCUUUCGACAUGACAGGUCACUAGAGUUAGAAAUCCUGUGUUCUGUCAACAUUCUCCAGUUUAUAUUCAUUGCCUUAAGACUGGACAAGAUCAUCCACUGGCCCUGGCUUGUUGUGUGUGUCCCGCUGUGGAUUCUCAUGUCCUUUCUGUGCCUGGUGGUCCUCUACUACAUCGUGUGGUCCGUCUUGUUCUUGCGCUCUAUGGAUGUGAUUGCCGAGCAGCGCAGGACACACAUAACCAUGGCCCUGAGCUGGAUGACCAUUGUGGUGCCUCUUCUUACGUUUGAGAUUCUGCUGGUUCACAAACUGGAUGGCCACAACGCCUUCUCCUGCAUCCCGAUUUUCGUCCCCCUUUGGCUCUCAUUGAUCACGCUGAUGGCAACCACAUUUGGACAGAAGGGAGGAAACCACUGGUGGUUUGGUAUUCGCAAAGAUUUCUGUCAGUUUCUGCUUGAAAUCUUCCCAUUUCUACGAGAAUACGGAAACAUUUCGUACGAUCUCCACCACGAAGAUAAUGAAGAAACUGAAGAGACCCCAGUUCCGGAGCCUCCUAAAAUCGCUCCCAUGUUUCGAAAGAAGGCCAGGGUGGUCAUUACCCAGAGCCCUGGGAAGUACGUGCUCCCACCUCCCAAAUUAAAUAUCGAAAUGCCGGAUUAGAUGCCACUUCCGGGGACAGAGCUUAAGUGGACUGAGAUGUGCUCUCUCCACCCUCCUCUGCCCCCUCGUUCACCCCGCAAAGCAGAACCAGAACUGGAGCCGGGUCUCCAGGUACGUCCAUCUCAUGCCUUGUUUGCAUCCAGCGCCUGUCAGCCACUCACCACGACGGGAUGCGGAAGUGGCAGGCGACAGGGGCGUGUGCCAGCAGAUGUGGAUGCCGGGAAGAGUGUGAGAACAGGCGCGGGAUUUCCAUCCGUCUGGGAGGGGCUCCAGGUGCUCCUCUUCCCUGUGGCACCCACCGGGGAAUGGCUGCUCCCCAGGCCCUCAGAAGGAACGUCUGUUUACACGGUGCUGAAAUCCCAAUGAAAAGCAUUGUUUAGAAAUGCCUUUCUCCACAGGGCUGAUCUCCUCCCACAGCUCACUCAGCACUCCCCGGUCGGUCGGGGCUGGCGUAGUCAGUAGGAACUGGAACCAUGUCUCUGACGCACCACGUGUUUAGACACAGCACAGUCCUUUCUUCUGUUCCUACUGUGGAAGUACGGUAGUUUCUCUUUGGGCAUGCUGACAGCAGUUUUUCAUAGCCUCACCGAUGAGCGCUUUCUACGGGAGUGACUCCAUGCCUGUAUGCAGAGUAUUUAUACAAAUAUGUUAGCAUCGUGAUAUGCGGUGUUAACCCCUAGUUCUGUACAGCAUAUUCUGUCAAAGUAUUUUUUUACAAGCUUGUGCUGCAGGCAGACGCCUUCUGCUGCAAAAGUGGAUGCCCGUGGCACACCCGUCCCGCCCCAGCAGGGUGCCACACCCCCGCAGUACAUUGCCACUUCUGCCCUGGAACUCAUGCAGGUACGCAGUGGCUGCUACUGCCAGAACAGCAACGCCAAGCCGGAGAUGCUCCAUGCUGCUUCUGACCUUCUCGGAGCAGUGGCUAGCCGAAAACCCAACAAGCGCGACUUGAAGCCGGAGCACCGGAGAAUGUUGCCGAGGGCAGAAACGGCCACGCGGGUCACGUCUGUGCGUGGGGAAGUGUCAAGCUUCGCUCCUGCCGGCAAGAAGAAGGCUUUGUGGUAGGCACGGUGGUUUCACGUGUGCGUGCAGUUUCUUCAAGCGCUGCAGGUUCCUCCAUGCGUCAGAGGUUGCAAGUUUAUCGUCCUCCUGCCUGAAAACAAAUAGGUUCUUCGCUGAGAAGAGGUUUAAAAAGAGCAUUAAUCUUCUCACCCAGGAGAAGAGUGUGGCGUUUCAGUGCAGGCGACUGCUCAUCAGCCUACAUGGGGCUGAAUUCAAGUCCGCUGUGAACACAACUCCGCCCCUGGCACUGGCCUCCAGCAAGCCUGUUCUCUUUGGGGUACGGGGGAACAGGAUGGUUUAGACCUUCCAGCUCAGUGUGUAAAAAAUGUAGCUAAAGCCAGUAUUUUUGCUCUCUUAAGCUGUCCAAUAAACCGGCUCCUCGUUUUA